AUGCCCCCACCCGCUAGGCGCACUCAGCCUGCCCUGCUUUCCCCAGCCCUGUAGCGCCGCUGGGAACCGCGCCAGGGCACCCCCCCCGCCGGGCUGUCCCUACGCGCCAGUGCCCCACCUCUUCACUCCGCUGGAGCCCGCGCCCCACCGCAAGGCCGCUGCUCGGGUUCUCCCCGCCACACCCAGCCCUGCCCCCUGGCCGGCGCGGCCACGCCCACCCCGCGGCUCCCCUGUCACUGCCCAAGUAGCGAGCUCGGGGUCCCGCGCGGGGCGGCCCCGGACUGAGCCCUCGCCGCGCUAAUGUUUAACUAGGUGCUGGGGAGGCGGGAGUCCGCCGCGUGUGCCAGAGAGGAAGACGCUUCGCUCCUUCUGCCGCUCGCACCCGCUGGGGCAGGGCCCGCUUCCCGCAGCUCCCAGUCAUGAAGACAGUAGUGAAGUAUCUGUUGGGGUUUCUUGCGAUUGCAGUGAUUGUUAUUGCCAUAACUGUUCCUGUAGUUUUACUGACAAAAACUGCAGGUACCACGUCUGACCCACGUAGAGUGUUUACCUUACAGGAUUAUUUAAAUGGUGACAUUAGAUACAAAACAUAUAAUUUACAAUGGAUUUCAGGAAAUCAAUACCUGCACAAAACCGCUGACAACGACAUCGUGCUUGUAAAUGCUGAGGAUCAAACACUCUCAGAAAUUCUGAAAAAUAGCACAUUAGCCACAUAUGGAGCGACCACAGCUAUUUUAUCUCCUGACAAAAAAUUUGCUCUUCUUCAAUACAACUAUGUGAAGCUCUGGAGGCAUUCAUACACGGCUUCAUACCACAUCUAUGAUUUAAAAACAAGUUCCUUAGUAACUGAGAAUCUACUGCCUAAUAAUACCCAGUACAUAUCCUGGUCACCUGUUGGUCACAAACUGGCAUAUGUUUGGAAUAAUAACAUUUACAUAAAAGAAUCACCAGGUGUGUCGAGUGUGCAGAUCACCACAAAUGGAGAAGAAAAUAAAAUUUUUAAUGGAAUAGCUGACUGGGUAUAUGAAGAGGAAAUGUUUGGCACCCAUUCUGCUCUGUGGUGGUCUCCAAAUGCCAGUUUUUUAGCAUAUGCAGAGUUUAAUGAUACACAAGUUCCUGUUAUGGAGUAUUCCUUUUAUGCAGAAGACACGCUGCAGUAUCCAAAGACCAUUAGACUCCCAUAUCCCAAGGCAGGAGCUGCAAAUCCUACUGUCAAAUUAUUUGUUGUGAAUACUGAAUCUCCUCCCACUGUGAAUUCCAGUGAAAUUAUUGCACCAGCUAGCAUAAUAUCAGGGGAUCACUAUUUGAGUGUUGUAACAUGGGUAACAGAUGAAAGGAUCUGUCUGCAGUGGCUCAGAAGGAUUCAGAAUAUUUCAGUCCUUGCGGUCUGUGACUUUACAAGAGAGAAUGGAAUGUGGCAAUGCCCAGAGGGCAAACAACAUACAGAAGAAAGUAAAACUGGCUGGAUCGGCAGAUUUCAGCCUUCUGACCCUUACUUCGCAUCUGAUAAUGUUAGCUACUACAAAAUUUUAAGCAAUACAGAGGGCUACAAACAUAUCCACUAUAUCAACAGCACAGGGAGCAGAAUACCUAUUACACAUGGAAAAUGGGAAGUAAUCAGCAUAGAAGCUGUAACCAAUGACUUUAUAUACUACCUCAGUAAUGAAUUUGGUGGAAUGCCAGGAGGAAGAAACCUUUAUAAAGUGUCAGCUGGAAAUGGUCCAACCACACCUAAGUGCGUGAGCUGUGAUCUGGACGAAGACAGAUGUCAGUAUUAUUCUGCAUCCUUCAGCAGUGAUGCACAAUAUUAUCUGCUGAAUUGUUAUGGUCCCGGCCUGCCCACUUCUAUGCUGUCCAGAAGUAGUGACGAUCAUGUCAUCAGAAUUUUGGAAAACAACACAGAUUUGGACAGUACGUUGAAGGAUAUUCAAAUGCCUUCCAAAAGAGUUGACAACAUUAGUCUGAAUGGAUACACAUUGUGGUAUCAGAUGAUCUUACCUCCCCAUUUUGAUUCAUCGAAGAAGUACCCUCUGCUCCUUGAUGUCUAUGCAGGGCCCUGCAGUCAGAAAGUAGAUUAUGCUUUUCGUAUCAAUUGGGCUACAUACCUUGCAAGCACAGAACAGAUCAUUGUGGCUAGCUUUGAUGGCAGAGGAAGUGGCUACCAAGGAGAUGAAAUUAUGCAUGCAAUAAAUCGAAGAUUGGGAACAUAUGAAGUAGAGGAUCAAAUCUCAGCAGCUAGAAAAUUUUCUGAAAUGAGCUUUGUCGAUAAGAACAGAAUAGCUAUUUGGGGCUGGUCUUAUGGGGGGUACGUGACCUCCAUGGUGCUUGGAUCUGGAAGUAAAGUGUUCAAGUGUGGAAUAGCUGUAGCCCCUGUGUCACGCUGGCAAUAUUAUGAUUCAGUAUAUACAGAGCGUUACAUGGGUCUUCCUGUAGCAAGUGAUAAUCUGAAAAACUAUGAGAGUUCAACAGUCAUGGCCAAAGCUGAAAAUUUCAAAGAAGUUGAGUAUCUCCUGAUUCACGGAACAGCAGAUGAUAACGUUCACUUUCAGCAAGCAGCACAGAUCUCCAAAGCUCUCGUUGAUGCCCAGGUGGAUUUCCAAGCAAUGUGGUAUACGGACAAAGACCAUAGCAUUGGAGGAGAGGCACACAGCCAUAUUUACACCCAUAUGAGCCAUUUCAUAAAGCAAUGUUUCUCGUUGCCCUAGUACCAACGUGGCAUUUCAUACCAUACUGGGAUUUCUUUAUCAAGUUGUUAAUAAUGGCACUUUUCCAGUAGAUUCUCUCAUCUAAACUUGCACUGAGCCAAUAUAACUAUUUUUGAGAACAUCUGAAAAAAAAUUUUAAAUCCUUAAUGACCGUGUAGACAUCAUGUCAAUUUUUAUAACAACCUCUGUUGCCAAGCAACUAUCUCUUUUUUAUUUAAAUUUGUUUUAAAUCAGGUUUUAUCAGAACAAGAAUGUUUACAUGUCAUUUGCCAAAUUUCCUUUUUUAAAGUGUGGUGUUUCAAUUAAUACCUUUUUGUACUUACUACUUUCACUCUAAAAUGGAAAUGUACGUAUAUGGUCUACUUCUUGGUGAUAUUGAUUGAUAAAUUACUCAUAUGUUCACAAACAGAGUUGCUAGCUGAAUAGAGGCAGAAGAUUGGGGGUCUGGAAUAGAAAGGAAGUGUGCCCUAGAACAUUAUAACUAGAUUUGGCAGAACUUGAUUUUUAUCAUUUAUCUAUUUAACCAUUUUUCUAUUUUUAUCCAUUUAAAUUUUCAUUUGUGCAAAAUUAUGGAUUUUAAGCAUACUUUUUGAUGUUAUCUAUGUCAUUCACAGUUGCAGGAAAUUAUUAGGGAGCAUCAGACAAUUAUUUAAUGACAGAUGUUGAGAUAAAGCUUUAUAACCAUUAAAACACAAAUUGACAUCACACCUCAAAAUAUAAAAAGUAAAUAUCCUUAAAUCAAACCAAGUUCUCAACCGGCAUUUUUUGUACUUUAUUUCAAUGGAAUAAUAUUUUUGUCAGUUUGUAUGCAUACAGUGAAAUUGGUGUUUAACAGGUUAUAAUUAGGCUUGGAAGUAUUUGAUUUGUCUUGGUAAAGAAAGUUCAGAUGAUUAAGAGAGAUCUUUUUGAAAUUUACUGAAAUCUGAAUAUUUUUAGUGACAAUCAGGAUGAAAUUUUCAACAAAAACUUCUACAAAAUUAUGGCUUAUGUUUUUACCUGCUAUACUAAAAACAGCUACAAGAGACUUAUGUUAGUAUUCCAUUUCUUGCAGAAAAUUCUAUUUUUUCAAUACAAUCCAUUUCAUGCGAUGACAUGACAAGUCUGCCUUGUAGCACACUCUAAAAAAAAACAAACUGUGAUUAUAGAAAAGCUUUCUGCAAAGCCCUUGAGUAAUACCUAUCAAAACAGUGGAGUUGAAUUCCACAAGUGCCUAAAGGGCAACAGCGUUGUGGCGCUUACUCACUCCUUAAUCAGACAGACUGGUAUGGACUUUGAUGGGAAUUUGGUUGAGUACAACCUGAGCUAGGAUCUUUGGUCCACUGUUACUUAUGUAAUCUUUGUGAGGCAGGGAUUGUAUUACCUCCAGUGUAAUAUACAACACUGGGCAUGUUGCCAGUGCUUAAGAUAUAGGUAAUCAGUGAAAAAUUAAAAUGCAACCUGAGUAUCUAACGAUCAUUGGGAGCAAGGGCUGGAUGAUGUCUUUGUAUAGAAAUGUGCUACAGUGUUUGAGUUUUCCACAACCUACUUGUAAAUUUCUCUCAGAUUUAUCAUCAGGCUCCACUUAACAGUCUCCCCACUGGGAAAAUCAGGAAUAAUAUGAGCCUUUUAGAAUUAAAAAUAAAGUGACCAUAUAGCCCUAUGGCUUUUAGCAGAGUGCUCUGUACUCAUGUAUGAAAAGAGCUAAACCAUUUAUCUUAAAAGCAGAACAGCAAAAUUUGUAAUAGAAUAAAGGCAUAGUUGUGGUACCAAAGACUUUUUUCUGAACAAUAGCUGUAGUCCUUUUAUCUAGUAGAAAACUUGACUAAGAACUCCAACAACAGAUACGUUUUUGUAAUGAAGGAAACUUAGGCCUUGUCUUCACUACUGGGGUAAGUCAACCAAAGUUACGCUAUUCCCAUCUUAGGUCGACUUACCCUGUUGUCUUCACUGUGCUGCGUCAACGGGAGACACUCUCCUGUCAACUUCCCUUAUUCUUCUCGGAGAGCUGUAGUACCCGAGUCGCCCGGAGAGCGCUCUGCCGUCGAUUUAGCAGGUCUUCACUAGACCCACUAAAUAGACCCCUGCUGCAUCAAUUGCAGCAGCAUCAAUCUCCCUCUAGUGAAGACCAGCCCUAAGUCCAGUGCAGUAUUUCCACCUUUUUUAUAAUUGUGUUUAGUCCUUGGUAGUAUCAUGCAACAAAGCAUCAUAUGACUAUAUUACAUUUAGCACAUUGGUUUCUAACAUAUACCUGUCACAUAGUUAUUACAUGUGCAUAACGGGUUAGUAGGGUUAGGUGUGAAUCUAGAAGUAGACAGAUAAAAUCCGGGAAGGGAGAGGGAACAAAGUCAACGUAGCUUUAGCAUUCCAUCUCCAUGAGGAGACAGGCAUGAUUCUAGUGGAAAUAAGGCUGCAGUUUUCACAAACAUGUACCUUGAAAAUUGUAUGAACACCUCAGCCUUGCCUCAUUUACUCAAACAAAACCCAACACCUGCUGUGAAUGAGAUGAUCACCUGCAUUACAGUGGUGUUUUUAGGUGCAAUUUAUUAAUAUUUCUAACGUACUUUAUCCCUAUAGCACCUUCUACCUAAAAAGUUCUCAAAGUAUUCUAUUUCCUCUAAGCGGGAAUAACAGCCAGCUCACUGAUGCCAGAAUGAACAAAUGAUCCUAUUCACUCAAGGGAGAAGAAACAUUACCUAGAAUAGGAUCACAACAAGCUAUAGAAAUGACAAGUAAAUCAAGGAACUUUUCUUCCCUGAUGGAUGCCAUAGGUGCACAUAAUAGCUACAUUCUUAGACGUGACAAGAACCGUGAAAAAAUGUCAACCAGGAUAAAAUAAUCUCUCAUGUAGAAACCAGUUUUUUUAUGGGCCACAGGACUACACACAACAAAUAUGAGCGCUUCAUAAAGGAUAGCACAGAAUUUCUUCAUUAGUGCUCACAGGGAAAUCUGCUACAGGAAACUUGUCCAUGGUGGUUUACACAUAAGCAAUACAUGCUGUCCUCCAGCUAACAAUGAUGCUAGAAUCUGAAAGGCAAAGUCCUCUAGAUUCUAGACAUGUCAUUCUGUUUUAUUUUAUCUAUGAGGCAGAACAAUGUAUCUCAAAGUAUUAUGCUGAGUAAUUUAAGAUACUUAGGUGAUAAGUAACUAAGAGGACAUAGUUGAAAACUGAUUUGAAGCAUGAAGCUGUAAUAUUACUGGGGUAUGAAUGAUACCACAUUUAUAGCAGUGCUGCAUUGUUGGAUGCCAGGCUAACAUUCAGGAAGAAUACAAUGGCCUGUUUCUGAUCCCUCAUACACCCACAUUCCCCCCCCAACUCCAUCCAAUUACACCAGAGUAAGACAGAGCAGAAUGGGAGACCCCCCAGGCUAGAAUCACAAGGUGGAUUUAGGCACCAGUGUCCACCAGUUAGGCAUAAGUGAUAUGUCCCACCUGAGGUGCUGGAGAAACCUCCUUGAUUCAAGUAGCAGUGAAGUUGUCACCACAUAAUUCGGGCAGCAUGAAACGCCGUGUGGUACAAACAGUAAAUCGCCCAGCAUUUCACCUCUCCCUGCUGCAAUGGAUUCCACCACGUCACAGAUUCACUGCAGUUGUAGGCCUGGCACUACUGCCUAAGCCAGCUCUGGUGAUGUUAUAUAAGGGAUCAGUUUAAUCCAGUGAGCAGAGGAAAACACACAGAUCUGCAAUCCAAUUAUAAGUCAGAUUUUAUCUGCACUCUCUGUACAAUGGGCCAGUGCCAGCUGAGACUGGAGCACUGCAGAAGCAGUGUUGAUUAUAACUAUGGCCAGUGACCACAAUACAAAUACACGGGGGGUAGGGAGUAUACAUAACUGCAAUCUAUACAGACUGAGUUCUACAUCCUCAAGCGCCAGUUUAUUACAAACUUCAUGAAAGGCUGAGAGAGCAGCCUCGCUGGGCCUGCAACUCGCCCUCCUGUGCCUGUAGGCAGGACAGGGGGUGGGGGAAAGGCUGAGCCUUGACUCAGUACCCUCUUGGACCUGCCAGAACAGGUGAGUCAGUGCACCGAGGGAAAUAACUUGUGUAAGGUAUAUGGCUGGUGUACAUAAGCUCCACCAGAGCAAGGAGAGGAACCAGAAGCCGUCUUGGGACUAAAUCAUAGUCUGAGUCCUGGUCUGCACCUGGGGCAAUGCAACUAUGUGCCACCCCUGUUCAGUGGUUGUGGCAAAGCCACAAUUUAACAUUUAGUUAAACUCAUCCAAUCUCAGAACAGAAACCAUGUGACUUGUGAUCAAUCACAAUUAGCUAAUACAGAUUGUAUAUUGAAUACCUACAUAGGGCACUGACUAGACACAGAGAUCCACCUGCACAGAGCAGCUUGCAGGAUUGGCACAUACAGUUGUCAAUUAAAUUACUUACUCCAAAUUGUUCACCGAGCUGUGAGCUCCACCCACAUAACUUCCUUAGCGUACAAGUGAAACAUUUCAAAAUGUCUACCUGAUGUAGCAUUUCAGAUGUUUAAAACAAGAAACACACGUCACGCUGCAUAAAUGCCCCGCAGACUAGAUCAUUGUGUCUUGCAAUAUAAAAAUGAAAAUCAGUUAGGAUAAAUAUUUAUUUCCACAUAACAUUUCUUAGUCGUGAAAAACACAAUAUUCUAUUCACAUGUACACAUUACUUAAACUUUUGUAAUAAAUUACAUCAAGGAAAUUCAGUAAUUUUGACCAGGAAUAUGAAAUUAGAAGUAAAUACAUAACACUACAUUUGCAUUAUAUUUGAUGUGAUUUCAAAAUGUUAAGAUUAACAUUGGAACAGCAUUAAAAUUCACAAGAAUAGAGUGACUGUAAAAAAAUACUCAAAUACUGAACGGAAAUACAGAAUGCCACUGAAUACACUGAUUUCUUAGUAUUCUAAGAGUUGGUUAUGUGAAACUUCCUAUUCACUUUGAUCAUCGGUAACAGAAAGUCAGCAACAUAUCAAAACACCAGCAGGCUGCUUCCAGGGAUGAACCAGUAUUGUAUUUCUAUACUAAGCUUAAAACAAUUGGAAUGUUACAAUGUAUCAUCAAGUACAAAGCAUUUUAACCUUAAUGUGUCUGCAUUUUCCCUAAAUUUAUAAAUACAAACCAUUCUUUCUUAAAUGUAAAUCCUUCUUUGCAUCCAUUAAAUAUAAUUUCCUUAAAAAUGACCUUAAAGGGCUUUGAUAAUACUAAGUAGAGUUUAGAACAGUGAUCCUACUUAUUUGCAACUGGCUAGAUUAGUCAAAACAGCUUUAGAAGCAGUGCUUUUCAUGUGUUGGACACUGGGUGUGAAAAGUCACUCCUUUUAGCUUUGUGGAGCGAUUAUUAGCGUAUUGGAAGAGCUAGGAAGCCUUAAAGCCCUAUAAAUUGAUCAUUGUAAUGAUUACAAGACUGAAGCCACUAACACAAUGAUAAGAGUUAGCCUUCUUUAGUUUUUUAAUUUGUUAAAAAAUAACAAAUCAUGACAUUUCCACAUAAUGCUCUAAAACUUUUGUUAUUGUUCAAAUGCUUUAAUGCCUGAUCUUACAGUCCUUAUUUCUGUAAAAUUUAGCUUGGUUAAAGACUGAAGGAUCAUGCCAUAGUAAAAUCAGUUUGUAUGUAUUAGAACAACUUAUUUGUAAUGGUUUUAAGUACGGCUGUCAAACAAUUUUAAAAAAUCACAAUCACAAGAUAAAAUAAAAGUCGUGAUUAAUCGCAGUUUUAAUCACACUGUUAAAUAAUAAUAGAAUGCCAAUUUAAAUUUUUUAUGAAUAUUUUUUGGAUUUUUCCUACAUUUUCAAAGAUAUUUAGUUCAGUUACAACACAGAAUAUAAAGUGCAGAGUGCUUACUUUAUAUUAUUAUUUUAUUACAAAUAUUUGCCCUGUAAAAAAGAAACAAAAGAAAUAGUAUUUUUCAGUUCAACUCAUAUAAGUACCGUAGUGCAAUCUCUUUAUCAUGAAAAUGCAACUUACAAAUGUGAAAUUUUUUUUUGGCUUGGAAAUCGACGCAUGAAAGAGCAUUAUGAAUGUUUUGUAUAUCUGGCAUGUAAAUACCUUGAAACAGUGGCUACAACAGUGCCAUGUGAACACCUGUUCUCACUUUCAGAUGACAUUUUAUUGUACAAAUGUAAAUUUCUGUGUCUUAGUGACUGGCUGAACAAGAAGUAGGACUGACUGGACUUGUAUGAGGUGAAUUGAAAAAUACUAUUUCUUUUCUUUUAUCUUUUUUACAGUGCAAAUAUUUGUAAUAAAAAUAAUAUAAAGUGAGCACUGUGCACUUUGUAUUCUGUGUUAUAACUGAAAUCAAUAUAUUUGAAAUUGUAGAAAAACAUCCAAACAUAUUUAUAAUAAAUUUAAAUUGGUAUUAUUGUUUAAUAGUGCGAUUAAAACUGCAAUGAAUCAUGCCUAUUCUUUAAACUAGUUAAUUUGUUUUGUGUUAAUAGCAUACAUUAACUGUGAUUAAUUGAUAGUCCUAGUUUUAAGCCAUGUCUUAAUUUGCAAUUUUGAGUUUUGUUUUUAAUCAAUGUGCAUUUAAUGGAAUAAUGAAAAGAGCGUGUAACAAAAACAACAGUCGACCAGC